AGUAGAUUUCACAAUAUUUUGACUGAUCUCGUCCCUUUUCUCAAAUUUUUGGCCCUCCCCCUAAAAAAUUAAAAUAAAAUAAAUAACGCCAAAUCAAAAAAGGGAGGUCGCGAACUCAUAAAAAGAAGAAAAGAGAUUAGUAGUUCAUUUUGAGUGGAAAAGGGGGGAAAAUUACAAAUCGUUUCAGUUCCUUCCAAGAUUCAUUCACUGUUUUCUUGGGAGAAAGGAUUCUCACUUCCUCUUUCUCUCCCGUCUGUACUGUUGCACUUACAGAAAUCAAACUUGGCAGCACUAUUUCUCGUCACAGUUGAGAGAAAAAAAUAGAGGUGGAGAAAUGGAGUCAAAUGGUGAAAUUGAGAGCCCGUUGAGCAGAAGCAACGAUGGUGUUAGCGGUAAAGAUCCGCGGGUGGGUCUGAUAUUUGAUGAGCGGAUGUGUAAACACUACGCCCCUGCUGAAGAGGAUCAUCCUGAAAGCCCUGAUCGGAUUCGGGUCAUCUGGGACCUCCUCAAUUCUUCUGGCCUCGCCAAAAGAUGCAUUCUUUUGAAGGCCAAGGAUGCAGAAGAUAAUCAUUUAGCAUUGGUUCACACCAAAAACCAUAUCAGUUUGAUUAAGAGUAUUAGUUCCGGAAACUCUGGGUCAAAGAGAAAAAGAAUUGCUGCAAAAUUUAAUUCUAUAUAUUUCAAUGAAGGCUCAACUGAAGCUGCUUGUCUUGCCGCUGGCUCUGUCAUAGAGGCUGCAGAAAAAGUUGCUAUAGGGGAAAUUGAUUCAGCCUUUGCUAUUGUGAGGCCUCCUGGGCAUCAUGCAGAGGAAGGUGAACCGAUGGGCUUUUGCCUGUAUAACAAUGUUGCUAUUGCCACAAGUUAUCUACUGAAUGAAAGAAGAGAUUUGGGGAUCAAAAAAAUCCUCAUAGUUGACUGGGACGUACAUCAUGGAAAUGGUACUCAAAAGAUGUUCUACAAAGAUCCUCGAGUACUUUUUUUCUCAGUGCAUAGAUAUGAUUUCGGGACUUUCUAUCCAUCUGGUCAUGAUGGCUCGUAUAUCAUGACCGGGGAAGGGCCAGGUGCUGGUCACAACAUUAAUGUCCCUUGGGAGCACGGCCAGUGUGGGGAUGCUGAUUACCUUGCUGUUUGGGACCACAUAUUGAUCCCUGUUGCUAAGGAAUUCAAUCCUGACAUGAUAAUCAUCUCUGCUGGAUUUGAUGCAGCGAUAGGGGAUCCUCUGGGGGGCUGUCGUAUUAGUCCAUAUGGAUACUCAAUUAUGCUCGACAAGUUGAUGGAGUUUGCUGGGGGAAAGAUUGUUAUGGCACUUGAAGGAGGAUAUAAUCUGAACUCAAUAGCAAGUUCUGCCCGUGCGUGCGUUGAAGUAUUGCUACAUGACAAGCCUCCUAAUGUGUUGUCGGAGGCUUACCCUUUUGCUUCUACAUGGCGCGUGAUACAAGAGGUACGCCGAGAGUUAAGCACAUAUUGGCCAGUACUUGCUGGAAAUUUACCCGAGAAGAUGAUAAGUAAAACAUCUCAAAUUGAGAUCUUGAGCUCUGAUUCUGAAGCCGAGACUGAGGAGAUUACUCUCGCCGUACCAGAAGAAGUCCAGACUAUAGAGGACAUUAUACAACCUUUAUCUAACCUGAAAAUAGACUUGGAUAGUCGAGACCAGGAAGCCACAGUGAAACCUUCAUGGAGAUCAGAGCUUUCAAAAGUUGACAUAUGGUAUGCAACGUACGGAUCAAACAUGAAAAUGUCGAGGUUUUGCUGCUAUAUUGAAGGUGGACAGAUAGAAGGAAUGAUGAGGCCGUGUGUGGGUUCUAUGGACAAAAGCAAGCCCAAAGAGAUCAUCUGGAAAACUUUCCCUCAUCGUUUGUUCUUUGCUCGAGAGCGUACAGCUACGUGGGGUCCAGGUGGUGUUGCUUUUCUUCAUCCCACAAGUAAUGUGCAGGAGAAAACUUACAUGUGCCUAUACAAAAUUACGCUGGAGCAAUUUAAUGACGUGCUGCUUCAAGAGAAUAUUUCAAACCAGGAAAUGAGUCGUCCUUUGUUUGAUUCGACCGCUUUGCAGACUAUUCAAACUGAAAAAUGCAUCUCAGUGGAGCUUGUGCAGAGAGGCUGGUACCACAACGUUGUCUUCUUAGGAAAGGAGGGAGAUAUUCCAAUUCUCACAAUGACAUGCAGUCUCUCUGACGUGGACAAUUUCUUAGCCGGUGUGUUCCCAAUCAAUCCACCGUGCAAAGAGUAUGCGAACACCUUGAUCAAAGGGCUCGUUGAAGGGAAGCAGCUCUCAGAAGAGGAAGCCUCAGCUUACAUACAGGAAGCAUCUUCCAAACAUCUGUGAAUCCAUCAUUUGUGCGUAUCAUCAAAUUCUUGACUAGAAUUAUGUGAUUUUUUGGGGCAUUUCUUGUGCAGCUUUUUACCAUAGUGUAUGAUUUAUCUAAGUUAUUGGAAUUGCCACGACUUGAGUAGCCUGUAGAUAGCAUUACAACAUGGCAAUUGUGAUUUUAAGGUAAGCUUGGUGUUAUUAGGCCAAAACCAUACUCUUUUGUUGCUGAUUGCUUAGUAAAUCCAUGGUGCAACAUAUUCACUA